AUGAGUGUGGAGCCUUACAUCGUUGAGCCCACUGGGCCUCAUACACAUAGUCUCAUCCUUCUUCAUGGACUUGGUUCAAACGGCAACAAGUUUGGUCGCGGACUUAUUGAAACGGGCAUUGCCUCCAACGGAAAACCAUUGCCCGACCUUCUCCCUGGCGUGAGGUUUAUCUUCCCGACUUCUAAGAUUCGCCGCUCGAGCGCCUUUCGCCGUGCGAAACUGACCCAGUGGUUCAACAUUGCUUCACUGGACGACCCUUCUUAUCGCAAUGAGACGCAACUAAAGGGAAUGGAAGAGUCAUCACGUGAGAUCUUUCAACUCAUCAACCAAGAACGCGAAAAAGUACCAGACAAAAACAUCAUCCUGGGUGGGAUUAGCCAAGGGUGCGCCAUGGGAUUUGUAUGCCUACUUGCGAUGGACUUUCCUAUCGGAGGAUACAUUGGAAUAAGCAGCUGGCUUCCUUUUGCCGCCGAUAUCGAAAGGCUGACCACCAAGUCUGAUGAUGCGACCUUUUCUGACGAGGACGAUAAUCCAUUUGCUGUUUCUGACGACGAAGACAACUCAGCCGACGCAAGCGUCCAAGUCCGCGACUACGCCAGAGAUCUACUAUGUAUGGAUGUAGAGACUCCAUCGAACAUGGAGUCACUGUCAACACCUGUAUUCCUCGGCCACGGAGAAGACGAUGAGAAGGUCAAGCCUGAACUUGGCGAGGAAGCGUGUCGUAUCCUGCGUUCAGUUGGAUAUGAUGUAGAUUGGAAGGGCUAUGACGGACUGGGUCACUGGUACAAGGUUCCGGAUGAGAUUGAUGAUAUCUUGGAGUUUAUCAAAGAGAAAGUGGGAUGGUCAUUGUAG